AUGGCCAAGAACCUCAACUCCGUCACCUUCACCGUUCUCUUACUUGUCCUCAUGGUGGCUUCCACUGAAAUCCUCAAGAUCGAGGCUGAUCGCAGAACCAAUAGUAGAUGCCUCCCCAGAGGAUGCACGAAUCCAGUGUUCUCUGAGGAGUGUGGGCCGGAGCCGUUCACAGGUUCAAACAACGAUUGCUGUCACUGUUGUAUAGCCAAAUACGGGAAAAAAUCGGUCUGCAAAGGAGUUGUUGAGGGAUCCGCCAAACAUUGCCAUUGCUACAAAGAAAGCGUUUGA